AUGAAUGGAGAAGCUGGGCACGACGGCGGCGAAGAGAACUUCGGCACCUGCCUGAGCAGCCUACUGGACAACGGCAGCAUCGACAGCCACCGAUACUAUCUGGCUCGGAGGACUAUGCUCGAGAUGCUCAAAGACCGUGGCUUCGCGGUCCCCAGUUGCGAAAUAGAUGUCUCGCUCGAGGAAUUUAGGAACAAGCAUGGGCAGACGCCGGUGGCCGAUGACUUGAGGAUCUCCGCUCUUCACAAGGACGAUCCUUCGAUUAAGGCUAUGGUUAUAUUCUGUGGACAAACCGUUGUUAAGGUUAAUGUUAUUCGUGGCAUUUCGUCUAUGAUAGUUAACAAGGAUAGCCUUAAUCGGCUGAUUUUGGUGGUGCAUAACAAAAUAACCACCCAGGCCAUGAGAGCUGUGGAACUUUUCCCUUUCAAAGUAGAAAUUUUCCAGAUCACUGAUUUGCUCGUCAACAUAACGAAACACGAGUUGAAGCCAAAACACCUAGUGUUGACCAAUCAGGAAAAAGAAGAACUACUCAGAAAGUACAGCAUUACUGAAAAGCAGCUUCCUCGGAUGUCACAUAAAGAUGCCAUUGCCCGUUACUAUGGUCUCGAGAAAGGUCAGGUAGUAAAGGUCACCUACAGUGGUGAAUUAACCCAGCUGCACGUGACUUACCGGUGUGUCUGGUGA